AUGAAAGGCUUGUUGAACUUACACCUUUGUCUGGAGGGAACACCGGAGGGCGACCAUCCAGAACGUCCCCGUGAGCUGUUGACAGCCGUUGGCCCGACUCUCGAGGUACUACGGUAUCAAUUCGACUCCAACAGCUCGUCUUACCCCCCUACAACUUUCCCCAUUCUUGAGAUCUUCCCGGGAAUACAAUUUCCACGCCUGCGCGAAGUCCGUUUGCAGAAUCUAGUGGUCCCGCCGGAAGCUCUGAUGGAAUUUCUUCGUGCUGUAUCGCCUACCUUGACCGACCUGAUUCUAAAAGCAGUCAGUCUAGCCCAGCCUGACGAUCCGUACGGCCCUUUGCCCCAAGAAGACACCCCAGGGGAGACCAAGCACCAUUGGCAGCAUGUUUUGGAAUCCUUUCGCGAUGAGCUUUCCUUGCACUUCCUUGUAUUGCAGGCCGUUAUGUUUAAGCGUCAUGUGCUGGAAAUUGAAGAUGAGACAUACACCUGGGGCCCGCCACAUAAUCAGGAUACGACUGCUUAUAACGUUGCGCGAAGCGGCCUUUCCUUCCACGAUUGGGUGAACCAGCUACGUUUAAAAUGA